GCAUGCGUCCAGAUAGUAGCUGCGAGGUGGGAAAAUUCGUCCUGCUUGUACCUGUGCUAACUCGUAGCAGAAACAUGAAUUUUUGGAAACGUUUGUAACAAAACGGUGUCUCAGACUGGAUGUACAGACUCAUUAACUACAAUUUAAUCACCGUAAGUCACAAAAAUAAACGUGCCUACUCAUUUUCUCUUUGUUAUACGACAAAUACGACACAGUUUGCUGUCUGAAUUGACUACGUCGCAUAGCAAGCUAGUGAAGGUUGUUUUGCUCGUUUUUGUACCUCGUGGUACUAAAACAUAUUCACGCUUCUGAAUAUAGUAUAAGAUUACCGGUAAGUUAGGUAAAGUAACCCGAUUUGACUAUUCUUAUUGGCAAAUUUUGAAGAUAUUGGGGAGCAAAUAGCGCUCAAUAGUAAUCGUGGACAAUCGCCAGGUGGAGUGGAAAAUUCAGACUCAUCGUGUUCCUGAACAGAUGUAUAUUUAGUAUUGUUGAUAUCCGACAUGCCAGUGAUAUCCAUUUCCACUGAUACCAGUACUGACUUUGGUACCGAUACUAGCCUGCAGAAAGGCUGGUUAUGGACUCAAUGAUUUUCUUUUGAAUUUCCCUUUUAUUUUGGGUGGACACUGUAAUAUUUCUUAGCUUUGUUGACUGGUUUUCACUGUUUCUUUUUGUACAUAAACUUCAUGAACUCUUGGUAGUGUUAUAGAAGUGUUUUGCUUCUCCUUGCAUCAUCUGUCAGCAUAGACAACUCACAGUUAGGAUUGUCUAUUUGCUGUUCAUCAUGUUUUUCACAUUACUUGUCUUUGCAACAUUUGACCGCUGAAUCUAAGAUUUAUCCAAAGAGCUCUAUAUAAUAUAUAACUACAAUCAAUAAAUGAUUUUAAAAGCAAACUGAAAACAUACCUUUUUAGUCUGGACUGAUUGAUUGAUAGAUAGAUACAAACAUACAUACAUAUGUAGGAUGUGAGCUGAGAGCAGACUGAAACCUUUUCCUGUCCUGGUUUUGGCAAAAAAUGAACACCAUUGCCAGUGUUGUGAACUUUUUAGGUGUUCUUACUGGCCAUAGGUGGGCUCAAAAUCACACCAAGAGUCAAACUAAUCCUAACUGUAACUCUCUUUGUCUCUCUAGUUUACAAAUCAUAGAGAAUGAAGAUUGCAGUUGAAGGCUGUUGUCAUGGGGAGCUGGACAAGAUCUAUGAGACCAUCGGUUUCCUGGAGAAGAAAGAAGGGGUGAAAGUGGACCUCCUGCUCUGCUGUGGAGACUUUCAGGCAGUACGCAAUGAGGGAGAUAUGAAGUGCAUGGCAGUGCCGGCCAAGUACAGAACCAUGCAGACCUUUUACAAGUAAGUUUGUUUGUUUUUCCAAGAGAAGUGACGUUUAUAAACAGAGAAAGUGAAUAAGUAAUAUAAUAUUCUUGUAUUGUUUGCAGAUACUACUCUGGAGAGAAGAAAGCUCCAGUCUUGACCAUCUUCAUUGGAGGGAAUCAUGAGGCCUCAAACCACCUGCAGGAGCUGCCUUAUGGAGGCUGGGUGGCUCCCAAUAUUUAUUAUCUUGGUAAGAACAGGCAGAAAGUAGAUUAAAGUGUUCAGUUUACGCCUUUAUUCCUUUGCGAGCCUGACUUGAGCAUAUUCCUGCAGGUUAUGCAGGUGUAGUUCGCUACAGAGGGAUUAGAAUCGGGGGUUUGUCCGGCAUCUUUAAAUCACGUGACUACAGAAGAGGUGAGUUUUUCUGCCUGCAGAGGGUUAAACUUUUCAGUAUGGAAAGGUAGAGUAUGUUUGAGUGUGUUUACACAUAAUUUUUGCUCUUUAAGGUCACCAUGAAUUCCCUCCAUACAACCCUGAUACACUACGAAGCGUCUACCACGUCCGUAAUAUUGAGGUGUUCAAAUUAAAACAGGUAAAUAUUACAGAAUCGUCAAGCAGAUAUAUAGAUCCUUCAUUAUUACUGUUUCAGAUACAAGAAGUUUGGCAGCAUUUCACUCAAAGCAGCAUACAAUGUACAGCUGCACCUGCAAACAUUUAUAAAUUUAUGCAAUAAACAUCAACAAGUAGUCAUCUGAGUUCCUAAUUGUCAAAGGUGUAACAUAAAACAGAGAAAUGAAUUGUAUUGAGAUGAAAGAAAAAUGUCUUUUUUCACUCAGAUCCAGAUGCCCAUUGACAUCUUCAUGAGCCAUGACUGGCCCCGUAAGAUUUAUCACUACGGAAGUACACCAGAUUUGCUGCGAAAGAAGAAGUUCCUGCGACAAGAAGUAGAGUCCAACACCCUGGGGAGUCCUGCUGCUGAGGAGCUGCUUGCUCACCUCCAACCCAGCUACUGGUUCUCUGCACAUCUGCACGUUAAGUUUGCUGCUAUUAUGCAGCAUCAGGUGAGGUUUACAGUUUUCUGCAGUUUCAUUAGUUUUGUUUUAUAUAUCAGUGUAUUAACCCACUCAGUGUAAACUCUCUUGUCUUUAGCCUAAAGGUAAUUCAGCACCACGUGUGACCAAGUUCCUGUCCCUGGAUAAAUGUCUCCCCUACAGGGAAUUCCUCCAGGUGAGAAAAAUUUUUGUUGUUCAGUCUGGUGUUGAAUGCGGGUUUGAUAGUAUUUCGGGUGACACACACUCUUGUGUUGCAGAUUGUAGAUGUUCCAGAGAGACCGGGUUCAUCUGAAGGUCUUGAGUACGAUCCGGAGUGGCUCGCCAUCCUGAAGGCCACCAACAGUUUACAGAGAGUCACCCAACACCCCUGGAAUCCCCCAGAAAACAACGGCCUCCAUGAACGGUACAAAUAAUACACACACAUCACAGCAAGCUUCCCAUGGUUGCGCAUUUCUUGAAAAUGUUGUGAUAUUGACAAAAAACAGACUCAUGUGAGACAGUCAUCUGCUGAGACAGAAAGGAGGUAGAGAUUGAGAUGCAGAAAGCGAGAGAUGGAUACUGAUUAACAACAACAACAACAAUAAUACAUACAGACAUAUGGGUCAAGUGGCAAAAACAAUGGAGCAAGGAUGUGGAGUGCUUACAGGAAGAUGAUUUUAAUGAUAAUAGACUGAUCUUAGUUUAGGGUUAGAGUCAACAGGUCUAUAGUAACAACAUUUGUAGUAAUGAAGUUCACAAUAUGGGCUGGAACGAUAACUCCAGUUAAACCAGGUGGAGUCAAAAAUUAGGAUUAGAAAAAAGGUGAGACUGAUGCAUGUAGUUGGAGCAGCAAAAUAAUAACUCUUUAGGAUAUCAUACCUGACCAUGUGGGUACAAAGAACAAUAUAUAAACUUAUUUAAACAGAGAAAUAAGAAUAAAAUGAACCAUUUCGGUCAUAAUGUGUUCUACUUCAAAUCAACAAAUUGCAGUUUCAGAUCAUUUCCUCUCACACCGGCAGGCACAGCUGUUGAGUUCAAGGUAAUAGAGAUUGUUUAAUCACAGGUGGGACUUCAGAGCCUCAGAAGUUGCUAUGAUGAAGGUGGUGGAGGAGUUCAGCGGUGAGCUCGCCAUCCCCGACAACUUCAGCCGGACCGUGCCAGCCUACGACCCCAACAAACCCCAGCCUCACACCGCCCCCAGCUGCGGUACAAACCCCCAGACCACCGAGCUCUGCGCCACGCUAGGACUCACAGAUAUCUACGCUCUGGCUGCACAGGGAGGCAGGGGAGUUCAGGGCAGCACUGGAGGAGAGGACGAUGAUGAAGACGGACAGAGUACAGGGAGCGCAGAUGAGCCCAGCGAGUACCCGACUGACACUUCAGGGUUAUCGAGCUCGUUGAACCCAGAUGAGAUUACGAUAGAGGAUGAGUGGGAGGAAGAGGAGGGAGCAGAAGAGGCUGAGAGUGACUCUAAAGGAGAAAUGAAGGGAGAUAAACUCCCUGAUGUAGCUGCAGGUGACAUCCACACCCCCAGCCGGCUGGUUCUACCCAGACCCAAAUCUGAUUUCUCCCCUACUCAUCUACCUGACCUCAUGAACCUCCCCCCUCCCUCCCACUCCACCCCAGCAGUCCCUCGGUCUCUUCCCGAAGCAGAAAAGGAGUGCGAGGAAGAUGAUGUUGCGGCCGCACGUAUCCUGAAACGUACCAGCGACGAGAGCGGAGGUCCUGACAGCAGAGGGUCAACCCCCAGAAUCAAACGCAGGAACCAGAUCAUCUAUGCGACAGUGGAAGAUGAGGAGGGUGAGGAUUAGAGGGCAGGGUGAGACAAGGCAAAGGGUGAGGACUCAUUUUUGACACAGAGGAUACAUUCUCCUAAUUUAUCUUUUUAUUUUCUGCCUUUUAUAAAAAAUAGGGGAAAGUGAUUAAAUUGACUUGACAUGCAAUAUUCAGUUUCUCCACAACAGCAAAUGAAUUGUCGUCUUUUUGUAAAAUUAGAUUUUUAUAUGUUUCCAUCCACUAAAGCAUGAUUUACAAACAAAAUGUUUUGGGCUGUUUUUUUUUUUUUCGAAGAAUAAUUUCAGGAUAUUAGAAAUGGUAAUGACUCUGCAAAGAUUAUUUUUUUAAAACAUGAAUUGAUGAGACAAACACAGCUCUCAGCCACUUGUAAAAACUCUGUCGAAGAUUCAAUAAAAUGUGGCUUUUCAAGUCUUUCUUCCACUCACGGAAAGUCACGGGGAAUGGAAAGAAAAGCAAUCAGCGUUCUGCACUCAAGGCGUCAUUCACAGCUUUAUUGAACACUACACAUACUCAAUGUGCCAAUGAAUGAAAAAAAAAUCAAGUCCUUUUUUUUAUUUUUUUAAAUCACCUUUUGUCAUUUUAAUUGCACAGAACAUUGAACCUACUUGUGAGCCCUGAAGAAUGAACUGUUUAAUGUUGCCAAUGAGCCGUUAGUGCUGAAUACAGAUUCAAAAGCCAAUUCUUAGACCUUUAAUUAGAUUGCCGGUUUUUAAAUGCUUUGAAACACGUGCGAGUAAACCUGAAAAUGAGAUAAAACGAAAAUGUUCUCACUGAUGUCAAUUUUUUAAAAUAAAACAGAUCUAUAACAUCAAUUAGAUCCAUUCAAAGUUCACAAGUGUGCUCCGCUAGAAUCAACAUAACACCUUUAAAAUUAAGACAAUAAUAUUUAACAUACAGUGUAUCAACAAGAUCUCUUUACAUCCAUACAAACAGCCAGUACAGUUCACUACAGCCUAAAGACAGGGUGCCAGGUUAUUGUUUAUAGUACAAGCUGAUGACAGGGAGGUGAGAUUUCUGCACUCUCUACGAAGCACACACUUCAAGAAAAGCCCCAAACAUGAUUCACAGAAAAAAAGAAAGAAAGAAAACUGGGAAUAGGCACUUUUGUUUUUUUUGUGUGUGUGUCUCAUCUAUUCUGUCUUAAUUUUCUUCACCCACACACCUCAGAUAGCAACAAAGCACACAACUCGAGUUCAAGAGCUCGAUUUUAGGUUAUUAAGUUAAAUCAUGUAAGAUCAGUUCACCACCUCAGCCAAAAGACGGGUAAAGGGAACAUUAAACACAAUAUGGGAGGGUAAUUCUCUCACAGGGCAUGGUAAAGGUUCAUUACAAAGGUUUUCUCAUCUUCUCACUCUUCAGCCCUCCAAAUACAGUUCAACUAUUGCAAAUAAUCUCAUCUGUGAUCCUUUUUUAAAACCAGAAACAGAGGUUGAUUCUUUCCCUUUUAAAACUAUAUCCUAUUUUACACAAUUUCUCUCUUUUCAAUGACUAACUGGUAAUGUUUCUUUUGUAUUUGCUCCAGCAGAUAUUCAAACAGACAAGCCAACAGGAAUCCUUGGGGGCAAAUGCUCCCGGCCAAAGUUGUUGACAAAAAAGGGUAACAUAUGAUCAGAAUGAUUCGGGCAGUAUUCCAUAAAGAGUCCCUGCAGAGACACAGUCCUUUUUAUUCAAGAGUUAGACGCAUUUUUCAAUUGUAUUAUUACAGGCUAUUUGCCUAAAUAUGGUGGAAAUGCUUGAGAGUGACGGGAAAUGAGGGAAGGGAGAGGGGAAUGACGCAUGAAGACCGCAGCCACGUGGUACAUGGGCCGCCCACUCCACCAACCGAGCCAAACUGGCAGCCAGAGUUAAAUGCUUUGAAUCCAUAAACAGCUAUCAAAAACAGGCAAAAACAGUCAUUUUACCUCACAGAACAAAGGAUUUUUAGGGGGCGAUUUUUACUGUUUUUACACAAAUAUUGUGUUGCAUCCAGACAUCAGGUAUGUGGUUGGCAGAAAAAAAACUAAGACUUUUUCCCAAGCAUACAGCGUAGGAAUUGCCAUUCUUGUCGUCAGUGCUCUCAUUGCUUUUUUACAUUAUAGGGAUGCAUCGUAGUUUGUUUCAGUCUGUUUCAAAAACUUCUCACAAGAGCUUUAAAAUAUCCGUGGUUUAUGUGUGUAACAUCAGGUCUGUAAAUCAGGAACUCUACAUAGAUAGAACAGGCCAAAGUCAGGGGUGCUGGUUUGGCUUGGGGGUUGUGUUUCGCCCCAUGUGCAGAGGCUGAGAUCCCCAAGUUCAGCCUUUUUCCUGUAUGUCACUCCACACUCUCUCCCCCAGAGACCUGCUCUUUCCACUGUCCUGUCCUCUUUGAAUAAAGACAUAAAAGUCUGAAAGUAUAAUCCAAAAAAAGUCAAAAACAACCCCCUUCAGACAGCGAUAGAAAACAACCUCUGAGGCAAAAUGACUGUUUUUGUUGGUGAAAUCUGCCGGCUUUAAAGACCGCAAUAAAACAGCAGUUUCUCUUUAAUGGAAAUGGAUUUUUCUCUCUUCCUGUUUAAGGAUAUUUUCUGUAAUUUUUUUACACAGUGAAACAAACAAGAACUCUGGGAGCUCAGGAGCAGCUGCCCUCACGGAUUACUGCGCGGCCCUUACAGUCGAUGCUGAUCGAAGCAAUCUGCUGGAGCCAUACUAACGCCUCCUGAACCAAUUCCUUAUUCUGACCCAAUAAAAUGUAAAAGUAGGUCUCAGGUUUGAAAAUACGGUAAUACCCUUUAAGCUUGUUUUUGAGAACAAGUGCUUAGUAAAUCUUUAGAGUGACACAGUAUUUUUUUUUCUUUGGGUUUCAGGGUUACGCUCUCUGCUACAGACGUAUAAUCAGUUAGAGUUUACAGUUACCAGGUCCAAAGCAAUAUUAGAGUCUUAUUACUGCCUAAACACACACUCCAUAUCAAGUCAACAUUGUUGCUUUAUACAGAAUAGUAAGUGGUGCUGAUGAGCAUUCAAGCAAGGCGUUAAAACCCAAACAAACGUUCAUUAGAGAAGCAGGUCUGUCAGAGCAAAUGAAUGAGAAACACACAUCAUCAAAAUCCACUGAAUCGGGAGUCUAAAAGCUUCCUCACACACAGAUUUAGUUUCCAUCCGGAGAAAAGAAAAACAGAAAUGUGAGCGUGCCUUUAAAAGACACUGGAGCAUCACUACCAGCAGUCAAAAGAAGUCAACACUGGACAAUAAAUACGUACAAAUGGACUUUUGUUGGGGAAACUGUGCCACGAGUGUUAUCUAAUGUGGGUCUGGACAGUGACAGCAUAGGAGGGCGGGCAGGACGGAGAGGGAUUAUGAAUUAUGGGAUCAUUCCAGGGGUCAGCAUGUGGCAGUAUUCACAGCAGGAUCUGAUUGAUUCAGGACAGGGAGGUGGCAAAGCAAGCAGGCGCAAGCUCUGUAGAAGAAGAAAGCAGCCAAAACACAACCUUUUUUUUUAGUUCCUAUCUUUCCUCGUUUUUUUCCUUCUUCCCUUUCUCGGCUGCUUUCUAGCGUGUGCUGCCUGUUUUGUGCAUUUUUAUGCUGUCAUGGCUGUGACUGGAACAAUGCAAGGCAGCAUGAGGACAAAGAAAUUUCACAUUUAGUGCUAAAUACUACAACAGGCUCGCCACUGUCUUCCACAUUCUUAUUUCCCUCCCCUCCAUCUCAGUCUCCGCUAUACUUCCCCCUUCACAGCGGAGAAUCUCAGUUGGUCAAGAAACAGACGUGUAAACUCUGUCUUUCUCUCUCUGUCCUCUUUUCCUCUCUCCUUUAAUUUUCUGUCUCUGAAUCGGUCUGCUCGGACAGCAGGAUGAAUGGAGGGUGAGGGGGUGAGUGGAUACCAGGUUUCCCUCGUAUCAGGCCCCCUCUGUGAGUCGGUCGAAGGAGACGGGAUGUUUAAAGGGAUGUGGUGGUGUGAGGAUGGUGGGAUACUGAUGCAGGUGGUGGAGGUCUAGUUCCCUCCACAGCAGGCUCGGGUGGAGUGGGCGUCCGGGUCCUGGAGGUUGACUCCCCGAUGUCGUGCUGCAUGUGUCGGGUUCUGGGUGUCUGUUUUUGGCAUCUUUUU